GUUUCUUGACAUAGCCCGAUGAUGCGGAAUCCUCGAGGCUCCUCAGACUGGGCUGAUCGUGCAUUCCAUGGAAGGAAUCCGCAUCAUGCAGACCUUCGUGAACCUGUCGAUAACACAAAUCUCGAGGCUAUAAAUAUCACUGAAUCUGUUGAUGACCUGUUCGCUUCAUCCAAACCCAACCUGUCUCUGCUUCCUAAUCUCCACCCGCUGUCAACAUGUCUACCAAACUUGUUGCCGUCCUCGGUGCUACCGGUACCCAAGGGGGUUCCGUGGUGACUUCGCUUCUGGCCCACGGUGGCUACUCCGUUCGCGCUAUCACGCGCGACACGACUUCCGCCAAGGCGCAGGCGCUCAAGGCCAAGGGAAUCGAGGUCGUCUCCGCUUCGCUGACGGAUGCGCCCAGUCUGGUCAAGGCGUUCGAGGGCGCAUACGCCGUAUUCGGCGUCACGGUCCCGUUCACCAAGGAUAGCGAGGUCCUGCAAGGCCGCAAUAUUGUUGACGCCGCGAAGGAGGCGAAAGUUCCGCUUCUUGUUUGGUCGUCGUUGUUCAGCACGAGCGAGGCAUCCCAUGGCAAGUAUACGACCAUCUAUCACUUUGACCAGAAGAGCGAGGUCGAUAAGUAUGUUCGGUCUUCGGGACAGCCGACUGUCAUCAUCCACACCGGAGGAUUCAUGGAGAACCUGAUCAAGUUCGGCCAGCUCCAGAAGGACCCAUCUGAUGCCAACAAGUGGAACAUCGUCUACCCUAUCUUGCGCCCCGAUGUGGUCAUCCCUAGCAUAUAUAUUACAGCCGAUUUAGGCAAUAUCGUUGCUGCGAUUAUCGAUCGUUGGGAUGAUGAGACGUGGAGGGAGAAGUUGACCAAGGACGUGGUCGUCGCGGCACCGUACCUUGUCUCGAUCAACGAAAUUAUCAGUACCCUCAAGAACCUCACAGGCAAAGAGUUCACAUACGUCGAACGUCCAGCAUUGGACUCCGAGAAAGCGCCCUACGAGUGUGCGAACGACGGAUUUUUCCGCUAUCCCCAACAGACCACGCUCCAGGAUCUGGGAGUCAAACUGCACUCGUUCGAGGAUUACGCGCGGAAGGAAGUGGUGCAAUUUAUCCAGUCUGCGCAGUAG